GGAAGGAGGCAGAUCUGCGCUCAGGCUCGGGAUUGGUGGGACGUGGGAGGCAAGUUAGGGCAUCGUGUCCGAAAUCGCACACUGCCCUAGCUGCUAUUUUGGACAAAGACAUGAUUCACUUGAGUCAGAAGCAUUUAGCCUGUCCAGAGCUGAUAUAAUAACACGGCAAUAAUCCGUGCAGGUCAGUAGUGUGUCUCUGAUACCUGACCAGUUUCCUGUACUGUAUGUGCUAUCGGUCAGUCGGUCAGUCAGUCAGUGAGUCUCGUCCGGCCAUUUCACCACAGAACACUACUAAGAUAUAUUUAGGUUUCACAGAAAUCAGACUGGCCUUCAGUGAAAUGAAGCUCAUGUCCAAGCAGCAGACAGUGUUCACAGUGAAGAGGAAUAAAAAUCUACAACCUCUUUGUAACUUUUCCUGGGUGAGCCAUGCUGCGACUUGUAAGAGGCCAGAGCAGGAGGGUGAAAGGCUGUGUGUGCAGCCAGCAAAGGUUGAGCCAUCAUAAGAGUGUGAUGGCGAUCCGACGAGAAGACGUUAACGUGUGGGAGAGACGGGCACCCCUUGCCCCGCAACAUGUGAAGGAAAUCACUGCAGCAGGUCACAAAGUGCUGGUGCAGCCGUCCAACAGGAGAGCCAUUCACAAUAGAUUCUAUGAGAAAGCAGGAGCCAUUAUACAGGAGGACAUCUCCGAGGCUUCUCUCAUCAUCGGUGUGAAGAGGCCACCAGAGGAAAAGGUCAUUCCACAAAAAACCUACGCUUUCUUUUCCCACACCAUCAAAGCCCAGGAGGCUAACAUGGGUCUUCUGGACGAUGUACUCAAAAAGGAAGUGCGGCUCAUUGAUUAUGAGAAAAUGGUUGAUGAAAAUGGGUACAGGAUCGUUGCAUUCGGACAGUGGGCUGGUGUUGCGGGAAUGAUCAACAUUUUGCAUGGGCUCGGUCUCCGAUUCCUGGCCCUUGGACACCACACUCCCUUUAUGCAUAUUGGAAUGGCACACAAUUACAGGAACGUCAGUCAAGCCAUACAAGCAGUGAGGGAUUGUGGAUACGAGAUCUCACUAGGCCUCAUGCCCAAGUCCAUUGGUCCACUCACCUUUGUGUUCACUGGCACAGGCAAUGUAUCUAAUGGUGCGCAAGACAUUUUCAACGAGCUUCCAUGCGAAUAUGUGGAACCACAUGAACUGAAGGAGGUCUCCCAAUCAGGAGACCUGUCUAAAGUGUAUGGAACAGUGAUCAGUAGACGCCACCAUUUAGUUCGAAAGAGCGAUGGGGUUUAUGACCCUUUCGAGUACGAGCAUCACCCUGAACGUUACACCUCUCACUUCAGAUCUUCUAUAGCGCCUUACACAACCUGUCUGAUAAACGGCAUCUACUGGGACCCGCAAACUCCAAGGCUGCUGCGGCGAUUGGAUGCUCAGAAGCUCAUGAGACCUUCAAAAUCUGUAGCUGCAGUGACUGAAGGCUGGCCCACCCUGCCACACAAGUUCUUGGCGAUCUGUGACAUUUCUGCAGACACAGGAGGUUCCAUUGAGUUCAUGACUGAGUGCACCACCAUUGAGAAGCCCUUUUGCAUGUAUGACGCCAACCAGCACAUAGACCACGACAGUGUGGAAGGAAAUGGCAUUCUCAUGUGCUCUAUUGAUAACCUGCCUGCCCAGCUUCCCAUUGAGGCUACCGAGUAUUUUGGCACUCGCUUGCUCCCCUACAUUUGGGAAAUGCUUCCAUCAGAUGCAUCAAGACCACUGGAUGAAGAGAACUUCUCUCCACAAGUCAGAGACGCUGUAAUCACGUCGAACGGAAAGUUGACUCCUAAGUUUGAGUACAUUCAGAAGUUACGAGAGAAAAGGGAAUCAGAACAGAUCCUGAAGAAAAGCGGGAUGAAGCGUGUCUUGUUGCUAGGUUCUGGCUAUGUAUCUCGUCCAGUUGUUGAGUAUCUCACCAGGGAUACUGGCACCCAAGUCACAGUGGCAUCUGUGCUCCUAAGUCAAGCGGAGGAACUGGCUACUACAUACCCAAACACCAUACCUGUGAUGCUUGAUGUCACUAGCCAAGAGGGCCAUCUCGAGUCUCUGGUCAAGGAUCAUGACCUGGUCAUCAGCAUGCUGCCAUACAGAUAUCAUCCUUUGAUAGCUAAAUUUUGCAUUAAUAAGAAGGUAAACCUGGUGACUGCCAGCUACAUGUCUCCAGACAUGAAAGAGCUCCAGAAGAGUGCUGAGGAAGCUGGCAUCACCAUAGUCAACGAGAUGGGCCUGGACCCUGGCAUUGAUCACAUGUUGGCCAUGGAGUGCAUCGACCAGGCCAAGGCAGACGGUUGCACUGUGGAGUCCUACAGCUCUUUCUGCGGUGGUCUUCCAGCACCAGAGUGUUCUGACAACCCACUGGGAUACAAAUUCAGCUGGAGUCCAUAUGGAGUUUUGCUCAAUACCAUCAGUCCUGCUAUUUAUCGCAAAGACAACCAGGUGAUCAGUAUAUCCCCUGGUGGGUCUCUGAUGGACACCACCAUGCCCAUGGCCUUCUUGGCAGGUUUUAACCUUGAGGGCUUUCCCAAUCGAGACAGCACCAAAUACGCUGAACCCUACGGCAUCGAGUCCGCACACACGCUGAUCAGAGGGACUCUGCGCUUUAAGGGCUUCUCCAAAGCAAUGAGCAGUUUCGUUAAACUAGGCCUGAUCAACACUGAGGCUUGCCCGAUGUUGCAGCACACAGCCGAUCCCGUCUCCUGGAAAGAACUCCUGUGUAAGCAGAUUGGCUUGUCCUCUGAUGUUAGCACGGAGUCGUUUGAGGAAGCCGUGUUCAAUCGGAUUGGACGAGAUGAGUUCAGGAUGCAGACUCUGAAGUGGUUUGAGAUGCUGAGUGAGGAGCCUGUGCCUCAUGCGAACACUAUCCUGGAAGCACUCACUAAACACCUGGAGGCUAAGCUGUCUUUCGAUAAAGGAGAGAGAGAUUUGAUCAUCCUGAAGACUGACGUUGGUGUCAGACACCCUACAGGAGAACUGGAGAUGAAGCACAUCAGUCUGGUGGUCUAUGGAGAUGCAAAUGGCUUCUCUGCCAUGGCCAAAACUGUGGGCUACCCUGCUGCUAUUGCAGCUCGUAUGGUCCUGGAUGGUGAGCUGAACACUAAAGGACUUGUUGUACCAAUAACAAAGAAUAUCUAUGCGCCUGUUUUGCGGAGACUUCAGCAGGAAGGCCUUCAGUUCAUCACCAAAAGCACAAUAUUAGAGUAACACUCUAUAAAAAUCUACUCCUGCUACUGAUAACUGGAUGAAUAUCUAUUUUCUUAAUCAAUUGUUUUACAUUGUUGUUUGAUGAACUACUGAAUGCGUUGGAAUAUUUUAGACUCUGUCGAAGCUUCCUCCUUGAGUACAUAUUUCUCUGCUGCUUUUAAAAACGCCUGCAGAUAAAAACACUGAUGCUGUGCUUGGAUCUAUUCAACACGUUUAUUUCAACCGAGAAACAUGAUGAACGGUUUUGUUAAAGUGAAGUUUCCACACUAGGAAGAAAGUCACUAUCCUCUUUAGUUUCAUUCAUUUAUUUGACAAAUUAACAAAAUAAACACUUUUUUUUUGAGCUAAUAUUUUGAAAUAUGACUGGGAGUCACAUUCACAGCCAAGGUUAAGUUAAUAGGCUAUCCUGACGCUGGACUAUAUAGUUCAACAAUAAAACUGGAUAAAAUUCCCCGUCCAUAUACCGUCGCUAAUCAAACUAGCGUUGCAUCUCAAAUCACAUACAGUAUUCUACACCCUUAUUGAGCUCUAACACUAGCAGAGUUCCCUUAUUACGGAUAGUCGAUUAGUUUGAACGUCAAAAACUUCUCAUGUCAAUGUGAAACCUCGUGAAUGGUCAGUUUUGCGUGAUUAGUAAAUACCUAAUGUACUGUAUGUAAGGUCCGAGUGUUCGAUCGAGACACGACCAAGGCGGAAAGAUCUUCACCAAAUUUGCAGAGACAUCAAGACUAAAAAUGUCCUGUCACACUCCAAAGCUGAGAGACACUACAGGGAAAUGGUGCAUGGCGUCGUAUAGAAGAGUACAGCGCAGCACGCUAUAGCAAAACGUAGCAUAGUAAAGUGUGAUGUGAUGUGGUAUGGAUUAGUAUGAUGCAAAUGUUUUGGUCUUUGAGCCCAUGCAUUUCUAACAGUUCCACACUUUUCCAAAGGGGUUUUUGUUAAUAACGCCGCCCACGUUGUUGCAAAUAUAAAGAAACCAUGCUGCUUCCCGUCAGGCCAUAUUACACCAUCCCAGUGUGGAUUAUUUUCCUAUAACACAAGUCCCAAUAGAUCGAUGUGUGCAAGGAAUGUUCCUGCUUUCCUACAUCCACAUGUGUAUGCUACUGACAUAAUAAAUAUUCAGAAAUGUUCCUUCAUCAUAAAUCUGGAGUUUUUAGAAAUGUCGGGUGGUUAAAGCUCGCAGACAAUUGAUGAAUAUUUGUCUCUUCUUUCUGGAAUUUUCUGUCUGACAUCAAUAAAUUUCAUGUAAUUCCAGCUUGUCAAUCUCACCCUUACGGAAUAUUACCCGAGGCUGAAUUCUAUACAGAGGUUCUUGAUACGGUUUCUAAAUGCCACCAUUUAAAAUUCAUCAUGUCGGUAGCUCCAGUAGCAGAAUUCAGCAACACAGAACUGACAAAUCUCACACAUCUGUUUGAUAUAAAAAACCAACGAAUUGUUUUUCUUGAAGCUCAAUUCAUAUGUAUAUCAUAUUUGUUUAUCUCUAAUCUUUAAUUAAUAUUAAGGAGAAAUAAUGCAUUAAAAAUAAUGCUAGAAAGAUAUUUUCUAACUAAACCCACUGAGAUGUUGUGGCAUUAAUACCGCACAUGUUCAUGUAAUAUAAUACAAAUAAAGGUGAAAUAUUUGCAAA